GUACUUUAGUACCCUACAUUUUAUUUUCCAUUGCAAUUGAAAAUAGUAAUAAAAUUAAAAUUAUUAUUCUGAAACAAGAAAAAAUCUACUAAAAGUGGUUCAAGCUUGUUCAGUAAGAUGACGGCUCAUGACCAAAUGCGAGCAAUGCUCGAUCAACUCAUGGGAACAGCAAGAAAUGGUGAGCCUCAAUAUGCUAUCAAAUUCAGCGAUAAUAAAGUAUGCAAAAGUUUUUUGGUCGGAUGCUGUCCCCAUGAUAUACUAGCGACAACGCGAAUGGACUUGGGCGAAUGUCCAAAGAUACAUGAUCUGGCAUUAAGAGCUGAUUAUGAAAAAGCUCAACAAAAGAAGGAUUACUUUUAUGAUGUCGAAGCAAUGGAACAUCUGCAAGCUUUUAUAGCAGAUUGUGAUCGACGAACGGAUGCCGCUAAACGACGUCUGGCAGAAACACAAGAAGAGUUAACAGCUGAGGUACAGACCAAAGCGAAUGCCGUCCACGAGCUUGCCGAGGAAAUAGGUAAAAAACUAGCAAAAGCAGAAGCUCUUGGCGAGGCUGGACAAGUGGAGGAAUCUAUGAAAUUGAUGGGUGAGAUUGAAGAAUUGCGCAUAAAAAAAGCUCGUGCAGAGCAUGAAUAUCGCUCGAGUAUACCUGCAAGUAGUUAUCAACAGCAAAAAUUACGAGUAUGUGAAGUUUGUUCAGCAUAUUUGGGAAUUCAUGACAAUGAUGUGAGACUUGCUGAUCAUUUUGGAGGAAAACUUCAUUUGGGAUUUUUAUCUAUCCGUGAGAAGCUACAGGAGCUGGAGAAAACAGCUGGACCACGUAAGAAGGAAAUGAGAGGAAGAAAUCGUUCAGCAUAUGAAAGCAGUACGAGCAGUAGUGAUCGUCGACGUUAUGUUGGUGCACGAGAACUAGACGGACGCUCACGAUUGCAUCGCUCCCGAAGCAGAGAACGCAAGUAUGAUUCUAAACGUGACUCAAAGUCCUCUCGUCAUGACUCGAGACGGUCGAAAUCGCCUAGCUCGAGCCAUCAUUCGUCGCGUAGAUCAAAAAGUCGUUCAAGAAGUCGAGGCCAUUCCUCAUCUUACAAGCGCCAUCGAUCUCGCGAUCGACGAUAAACUUUUUGAUAUUUCAUUUCCACCCUUGAUUCUUUCUGACUUUCUUUCAACCAUAAAAUAUUUUUCGAUGAAAUUUAAAUUUCGUUCCACUAAUCCAAAUUAGAUAUUUCAGUGUCUCUCUAAGACACCUUCAUAUAACUUUUAAAUGAAUAUUAAACAUCAACAGCAAAUAACUGAAAGUGCAGUAGUCAUCAACUGCCAUCUUUUCUUUUGUAUUAGUAUUUCUUUUUCUAACUUAAAUAUCACUACACCAAUUAAUAGUCUUUUAAACAAUCGCUGAUAAUCAAAUAUAAAUAAAAACUUCAAAAAAAAAGUAA